AAUUAAUGGGUUAUAAUCUGUUCAGCUAAAUUACAUUUUAGCCUUUGAUCUCUAAAAUCAAGUACACCUCUCCUGAUUUCUGAUUAUUGAAAUAUAUUUCUACAAGGUAUAUUGAAUAGGUCGUCGAGUUUCAAAUCGUACAGGCCUUUCACGUUUGUAUAUGCAUGAGCCUGGAACUCGAAAGAGCUCGAUAUUUUUGGUAUGCAAAUAUUCUUCUGCAUGACCUGCAAGUCUCCUUCGUUGCAUUAGGAUUACUUGGACGAAAACGGGUCUAAAGGAGGGGAAUCGAGACUAAAGAGUCGGAUGUAACGGUCCAAGAAAACCUGCCAGGGCAUGGAUCCCGUUGUACGCAUAUUAAUGAUUUGCGAUCAUGAUGAAUUAUUAGCUCUGAGAUAGUUUGAAAGGGGUAGUCUUAAUUACUUUAAUUAGCACUGGCCAAGGUUGUGUGGUCCAUCUUGGUGACUCUGAUCUCUCUUUGAAGUUUUGCUCAUGGAUGACAAGUUGUGAUUUUACUUGACGAGAAAAAUGAAUCAACACAUGAACACAUAUCUACAACAAGUUGUAAGAGUUCUUUCAGUUCAAAAGGGUAUUAAAAUCUGUACAAGCACAUCACUGGAAAUUAUCUAAUUUCCAAUGAAUCCCAGGAAAUAAAAAUCAAUCAUGGCUCUGAGAAUCUGCUGAUAUUAAGACAUUUAAAUGGUCUUUAAAUUACAGGUGAUAAAGAACAGGACUGAUAAUGAAUGUGGAACACGAAGUGAAACUUUUAGUGCAGGAAAUGAAAAGACUUGGGAAACCAAAUUCUGAUGGCAAGAUAACAGUCAAGUUUGGAGUGCUAUUUAGUGAUGAUCGUUGUGCCAACAUCUUUGAAGGUAAAGCAGACACAUAAACUUUCUCCAUACUCUUUCAAGUGAAGUGAAUUUGUCUCAGCUGUUUUUUCAUAAAUUCUCACAGAAAGACUCCAUUCUUAUAUUGUCUCAUCACUCUCUCCCAUUUCAAUCAAUCUUUCUCACAACAUCCAGUAGACAAAUAAAUCAUACUGCUUAUUCACCUGAGUACAGGACAGUAUACGUGUCUAUGUUAUUUCAAUCUUAUUUUAUACUUUUACCCUUGUUAGAUUAUUGUCACCUUGAUCUCCCCUGUCAGGUCCUGCUUCCUUCCAGAGAAAACUUUAGAUUAAGUUAAUUAUCCAAGGAAAAGUGCAAACAUGCCCUCAUUUCCCAAACAGCCACAGCUGGAGACCUCACCCAUGUUUAAUAAUUUUUUGUCAUGAUUGUAUGAGAUCAUAACAUCUUUAGAAAGAUUUGAGCUCAGUAUAAAAAAGUUCCCCAACAUCACAUAAUAUCUUCAAUGUUCAUGGUUAUUUCUGAGUUUGACAGUUGAAAUCCUUUUUUUUUCACAGCCCUAGUGGGAACUUUGAAAGCAGCUAAGAAGAAGAAGAUUGUGACUUAUGCAGGGGAAUUACUUCUCCAAGGUGUACAUGAUGAUGUGGACAUUAUACUGCUGGUGGAUGAAGAAUAGCCCAAAUAAAUCACUAAAAAUAUUUACAAUUUUCAGGCAAAAGAAUGGUUAUUGAUUUAUUCACAAAUUGAAAGGUUCUGAAAUAGAUUUUGUAACUUAUCCUUUUGUAAAAAUGAAUUGUUUGUGAUAUUUGUCUUUAUAACAGUCUGUUGAUGACUCUGUUGUAAAGAUGUGUAUUUUACAUUGUUAAUUUUUGUAAUAAAAAUGUAAUACAAUCCUUUUUAUUAAGGAAGUACUGAGUAAUUUCAUUUAUUUUUCUCUGCAUGUUGUUAACAAAA